AUGCAGGGCCAGCAGGUGUACAGCCGCCUCGGGAGCUUCGGCGGGGCGGCGGGCACGCCGUCCCCUCCCCCGCCCCCGUCCCCCGCGCGGGCCGGCGGUAGCGGCGCGGGGAGGCGGGCGCCCGGGAAGGGCGGCCCGGCGAGGGGAGGAGGAUCCCAGGACGCGGCGGCGGCGGCGGGCGGCGUCGGGUGGGGCGGCGCGGCCAGGCGGGCGGCGUGGGCGCUCCUCGCGGCCCUGCUGCGGCGGCAGGCCGUCUUCCUCUUCGCGCCGCUGCUCUACGUCGCCGCCAUGCUGCUCUACAUGGGCUCCCUCCCGCUCGACGUCGUGCCGCGGAUCAUCACGCGCUCCGCGCCCGGCUCCGUCUACCGCAGCCCCCAGCUCUACGCGCGCCUCCGCGCCGACAUGGACGCCGACAACUCCACCGACGCGUUAGCAACUGUAUGGAGGCAAACUUACAAAGGUGGUGUCUGGCGACCUUGCAUACACAAUCUGACAAACAGUUUGCCUGAAUCAAAUGGCUACAUAUAUGUGGAGGCAAAUGGCGGUUUGAAUCAACAAAGGACAUCGAUAUGCAAUGCGGUUGCUAUUGCUGGUUUUCUAAACGCUACUCUUAUUAUCCCGAAUUUCCAUUUCCACAGCAUUUGGAAGGAUCCAAGCAAAUUCAGUGAUAUUUAUGAUGAAGAACACUUUGUGAAACGUCUACAGAAUGAUGUUCGAGUAGUUAACAAAGUGCCUGAUUUUAUAAUGGAGCGUUUUGGUCACAAUCUAAGCAAUGUAUUCAAUUUCAAGAUAAAGGCUUGGUCUCCUAUUAAAUACUACAAAGAUGUUGUUCUUCCAAAGUUAGUUGAAGAAAGAUUCAUCCGAAUUUCUCCUUUUGCAAACCGACUCUCGUUUGAUGCCCCACCUGUUGUUCAACGGUUGAGAUGCUUGGUGAAUUUUGAAGCCUUAAAAUUUUCAAACCCAAUUGCUACUCUAUCUGAGACGUUAAUUUCUCGAAUGAGAGAAAAAAGUGCUGAAAGCAAUGGCAAAUAUAUCGCAGUGCAUCUUCGCUUUGAGGAGGAUAUGGUUGCCUUCUCAUGUUGUGUAUAUGAUGGUGGUGACGAGGAGAAGAAGGAACUGGAUGUGGCCAGAGAAAUAGGUUGGAGAGGGAAGUUUACAAAGAGAGGGCGAGUAAUAAGGCCAGGAGUUAUAAGAAUGAACGGGAAAUGCCCACUUACACCUUUGGAGGUUGGAUUAAUGCUUCGUGGAAUGGGUUUCAACAAUAAGACUGCAAUUUAUUUGGCCUCUGGAAAGAUUUACAAAUCAGAGAAAACCAUGGCUCCUCUUCUUGAAAUGUUUCCUCUUCUACAGACAAAGGAAACACUAGCAUCAGAUGAGGAACUUGCUCCAUUUAAGAAUUUCUCCUCAAGGAUGGCUGCAAUAGACUAUAGUGUUUGCGCAUAUAGUGAAGUUUUCGUGACCACACAAGGUGGAAAUUUCCCUCAUUUUCUUAUGGGGCACAGAAGAUAUAUGUAUGGCGGACAUUCAAAGACAAUUAAGCCAGACAAAAGAAGGCUGGCCAUACUCUUUGAUAAUCCACGCAUCGGAUGGAAGUCGUUGAAACGCCACUUACUAAACAUGAGAGCACAUAGCGAUGCCAAAGGGGUCGAGAUGAAAAGACCAAAUGAAUCGAUAUACACAUUUCCAUGUCCUGACUGCAUGUGCCGCUUGAACAAAACAACACAUUCAAAACCCAUACACACUAGAUAGCAUCAGCAUUUCAUCAGUGAACUAACUUAUUUUUCUGGCACGCGGUAUGAUUUCUUCAUUCUCCGUGUACUGCGCGCUGGCGAUUCAACUUCACCUGCAACUGCAAGCAUACCUGACAGGGUGUUGUACAUCGAUUUAUGUAUAGCUUGUGCCAACAGGGAUGCCUCAGAUUCCCUAGCCUUGUACUGUCUUCCUGCUAACCAUACAGCGAUUAGAUCUAACACAUACCAAUAGAUCUAUUUGACACUAUAGAGUUCCUAUGAAGUUCCAGACAGAUUAGUGUAGUAGUGCCCCCUUGUACAUGGCUCAUUAGAAUUCUGUCGUUGUACACAAAUUUUGAUGGAAGGCAAACAUUGUAAAUUUGUUUCUUUAACUCGUUCCCCACUUGCUCUAGAAAUGGGCAUUGUCUUUGUCUUC